UCGCCGGCAGCUGCAGCGGCCACCGAAGGGGGCGCCUUCUGACUCCCAGGCUCGCCAAGCCGGCGCUUUGAGCCAGGAUGCGGCUGCCGCUGUGGCUGGAGCUUCUCGGCUGGGCUCUGCUGUGCGGCGGCUCCUUGGCCGACCCCCGCCAAGCCGGUGGGGCCAUGCUGAGCUUCCAGCUGCAGAGCCCGCCAGUGAGGGAGGUCAGCCCGUUUUUCCUGUCUCUCACCAUCGAUGCCAGCCUGGCCGCGGAUCCCAGAUACAUCACUUUCCUGGGCUCUACGAAACUGCGCACACUGGCAAGAGGCUUAUCUCCUGGCUUCUUGAGAUUUGGUGGCACCAAAACAGACUUCUUGAUCUUCAGUCCUGAAAAGGAGCCGACACUGGAGGAAGAGAUUUUUCAGGAUUUGCUAGCAAAACAAGGUGGUGCAGCUGUCUGUGGAUUCAGAUCCACUCCUUUGGAUGUCAUAGAGCACUUGCAGUCUCAGUGGCCCUUCCAAGAGACGCUCAUCCUCACAGAAGAGCACGAGAAGAAGAACAAAAACACCACCAUUACACGAAGUACAGUGGAUAUUCUGUAUAACUUUGCACACUGUGCCAAUUUGCAUCUGAUAUUUGGACUCAAUGCCUUGCUGCGGAAAGAUAAUUCCAAGUGGGACAGCUCAAAUGCUCAGUUAAUUUUGAAUUAUACUGAUUCCCAGAAUUACGACAUGUCCUGGGAACUUGGAAACGAGCCUAACAGCUUCAGGAAGAAGUCUGGCAUUUAUAUCGACGGCUUCCAGCUAGGGCAGGACUUCAUACAACUCCGUCAGCUCCUGAAUAGCUACAGAAGCUAUAGAAAUGCCAAACUCUAUGGCCCCGAUGUAGGUCAGCCUCGAAAGCAUACUCAAAAAUUGCUGAGGAGCUUCCUGAAAUCAGGAGGAAAAGUAAUUGAUGCUGUCACGUGGCAUCAUUACUACUUGAAUGGUCGAACUGCUACCAGAGAAAAUUUCCUGAGCCCAGAUGUGCUGGAUACUUUCAUCACAGCUGUACAAGAAGAACUCCAGCUUGUUGAUGACAUUGUACCAGGCAAGAAUGUGUGGCUAGGAGAAACCAGUUCGGCCUACGGAGGUGGAGCUCCUCAACUGUCCAAUACAUAUCUCGCUGGUUUUAUGUGGCUGGACAAGCUAGGGCUGUCUGCCCAGCUGGGCAUUGAUGUGGUGAUGAGACAGGUUUUAUUUGGAGCAGGAACCUACCAUCUGGUGAAUGCCAGCUUUGAACCCUUGCCAGAUUAUUGGCUGUCGCUGGUAUACAAGAAACUAGUGGGAACCAAAGUCCUGCAUGUCAGCUUGACCGGUGAAGAUCCAAGGAAGCUUCGAGUGUAUCUUCACUGUACAAAUGUGCACCACCCAAAGUACAGAGAAGGGGAUGUCACCUUAUUUGCCUUAAACCUCUACAACAGCACAAAACACUUGCAGUUACCCUUUUACUUCUCCAAAAAGCAGAUAGAUGAAUAUCUCUUACUACCUUCCCGAGAAGGCAGCAUACUUUCCAAGUCUGUUCAGCUGAAUGGUCAUGUCCUCAAAAUGCUGGAUGAUAGAAUAUUGCCCACUCUCAGGGAGAAGCCUCUUAGUCCAGGAAGCCAUCUUGAGCUUCCAGCUUUUUCAUAUGGAUUCUACAUAAUAAAGAAUGCCAAAGCAAUGGCUUGCAUUUAGCAAGGCAGAGCACAUUCUCAAAGUCUACUUGAAGGCCAACAACUUGUAAGACUUUCAGCUGCUCUAAAUUUGCAGAAACAAAGCAAGUCAACAGUGAAGGGAAUAUCAUGAGCUUCAUUCUUCUCUAUGCCACCCGUUUUAUUUUAUUUCAACUUCUCAGCCUACACUUUGCAUUGCUGAACUUUGUUUCAACCACUGUUGUCCCAAGAAGGAAAGUUCUGCUUGAGGAUGGAUUCAGAUCAGAGAUGCCAUGAGGAUGGAUGUCAGACAGCAAGUUGAAAAAUUGGUGGCAUAGGUGGAUUAUGAGAAUGCUGAAGAUAAACAGGCAAAUGGACUAAUUGACAUUCAGAGACAUCAGGGUGAAGGACAACAGAAGAAUGAGCAAGCAAGUUCCAGGCACAGCCAAGGAGAAGUAUAAAAUAGGAACUGUUGACCAGCCUGCCUGGAAACCAUUUCCACUCCUUGUAAUAGGGCUGCUGGAAGGCUGGAGCCAAACAAAGCAAGCAACGCCAAUUAGUCUCGGGCAUUCUUGCAUUCAGUGGCAGGGUAAGGAUAAGGAGGGAUUCUUCUUCAUGGGUUCUUAUAGACAUUGGCUUUCUCCAUCAAUUGUAGUUAAGGAUGAGGGAGAAAUUUGAUUCGCUUUGCAUUUAAAGCCAAAUCUCUCAAAUACGCAUUUUCAGAAAAAUAUGAAAACAGACACAGCCAUCCUUCAAAAUUUGCACUUAUCCGAAUGUUGUGAUAUAGUUCUACAGCCAAAGAAUGCUUACAAAACUGCACAUAUGACAAACAAUGUGCAUAAAAAGGAAUAUAUUCAGGAAAAUAACAUACAAAAAUGCAUUAUAUGUGGGAGAAAUUGCUUGCGAAACAAUACAUUAGUCAAAACUGCAUACAAAAAUGUGUAUUAGGAGAAAUUUGCACUAAAGCUGGAGAAUUUUCAUGAGGCUUUUAAAAAAAAAUCACAAAUUGCUGCAGAAAUGUGGAGAACUGAAUUUAAGAUCGGGAAAAAACUGAGAAAACCAAAAUUGACAGGUCCUUCCAUCCCUAAUUGAAGUGCUUUUGCAAAUGUGUCUAAUACAUUCACAUGUAGGCAUGAUGGGUGCAGGCAAACUAGAUCUCAUCUAUGCCAGUCCCCGAGUUGAGAGCUGAUGGUCCAAACCUAGCAAUAGGAGCAACAUGGGAGAAAUAGCAACCAUCACAAAAUGAGCAAUGGUAGAGCCAAAUCCCAAUGACAACAGAUUCUCUCUUCUACUUAGCACUUUCUGGACACUUCUGGGUUUGAAGCUACUGUUGCUAAAGAAACUGAUCUAUAGAAGGUCCUGAUUUACUCUUUUUUUCCAAUACAUGUACAGUAAAACUUCAUUUUGGGACUUCAUUAUAGACAUAAGACCUACAACAAAAUGAUGCAGUGUGAAGCACUCCUGCUCAGGGUUCCAGACAUUCUGUUCACCUUUCCUAGUUUUCUAUUCCCCCCUCCCCCAACAUACACAGAGUUGGUCAACAUUCCAUGCUCCUUGAGCGUGUUCAGUCAUCAUUGGGCUGUUUUGGGAGGUGUAAAGAUUUUAUCAUACUUAUUUUGUACCUCUACAUCUGCUGAACUCCCUUUUUUCCAUGGGUGGUAUCAGUCUGACUACAUAAACCAGGGAUAGCCAAUGUGGUGCUCUUUAGAUAUUGUGGACUACAACUCCCAUCAGCCCCAAUCAGCAAGGGCAAUGGGAGGAAUUAUGGGAGUUGUGGUCCAAAACGUGGAGGGCACUGCAUUGGCUACCCUGGGCAUAAGGAAUAGCAGUCAAGAGAACUGAGAUUAUUAUCAGGUGACAAAACAGAAGGGCCAUAGCUCAGUGUGCUUUGCAUACAAUAAGUCCCCAGUUCAAUCCCUGGAAUCUCCAGCUAGGGCUGGAAAAGAUUUCUGUGUGCAACUUUGGAGAGCUGUUGCUAGUCAAGGCAGAUCAGGGGUUGGGAACCUGUGGCCCUUCAGAUGUUGCUGGACUCCAGCUCCCAUCGUCCCUGAUCCUUGGCCAUGCUGGCUGGGACUGGUAAGAACAUCUGGAAGCCACAGUUUUCCUACCCCUAGUGUAACCAUACUGAACUAGAUAGACCAAUUGUCAAACUCAAUAUAAUGCAACUUCCAGCGUUUCUAGAUUUUGGUACAAGGUCUGCCAAAAUGCAGUUCUAGACCACUUACUUUUACUCUGAUAUGCGUUUGUAUGUUUUUGGUAUUUACAUGUUUUGAAAUAAACUAAUUUAUAUUAAUUAUUUGCUGUUGCAAACAUUCAGCUUUUUAGUUGUCACAUAUCCUCAUCGUCCCUGGUGCUAAAGUAGCUGUUAGAUAAGCUUGGUAGUUUCAUAAGAGAAUAGAGAUGACACACAUAAAAACCAUAUAGCUCAACUCUGAGCAUUUUCAUAUAAGCAGGUUUAAGGCUCCAACUCUACGUACGCUUACUCUGAAUUUGAAACACACUUUGCUGGAUCAGACCAAAAGUCCAUUUAAUACUUCAAAAGGUGUUUUCCAACAGCGGCAAGCCAGAUGUCUCUGGACAUUUGCAAGCAGGAUGAAAAGUAAUCACUUUUCCCUGAUGUUUGUCCCCAGCUUGAGGUAUUUAGAGGUAUAUUUUGAUAUGCCAGUGGUUCCCAGCUUUUAUGAGUAAGGGCCCCCCCUUGUAACCUCACAAAUAUUUGUGACCCCCAUAUGCUAAGUGUUGUACUUUUACUCUCUUAACUGAAAAAAUACAUAAUGAAGCAUUAAAUGAUGUCACUUUUUAUUCAUCACAACAAAUAUGAUGGUGAUAUUACCUGCCCUUCACCAGAAGGUCCCAGAGCAGGUUACAGCAAUACAAGCAACUUUUAAAACAUGUUGAAGGAGAUACAAGUAAACCACCCAGAGUGGUGAACAGAGCUUGGUUGAUGCCAGGGCAUUUGAACUCUGGUUUUAAGUGUACCACCUGUAUACAAUUAUGCCUCCUUUUCAGUACUCAGCUCAGGAAGCUAAUAACAACAACAACAAUAAAUGUCUAACAGACAGAAUGCCAACAGGUGAAGCAUUCCCCAUAAUUGUAUUUCCAUACUAGAAAAGGCUUAAUUUAAUUUCUGUUUGCCUGCCUGCCAUACAGCUGUUAAAGGCAAAAGAGCCUUGCUCUCCCCCAAUACCAACCCUCACCCAUGCAAAGAACUCAAGAGUAAAAACAACAAAAUUUGGGCAAUGUAUUCUAAAAUAUUUUAAAAUAUAUUUGAAAUGAACAUGUGCAACUGUAUAAAAACACCCCAAAGCUUUGGUAAACAGCAACAAAAAUACACUGAGCACGUCCAAUUUCACAUUUUUAAAACUUACUUUACCCAUCCUUUUUUUGUUCACUUACUGCCUUGGGUUAGCCACUAACUCUCAACGUAACCUACCUCAUAUGGCUGUUGCUUCAUUGAAUUCUAUAGGAAUUCUAUAGGAGUGCAGCCUAAGUCCUUGUAAUUUAGACAUAUUUUACUUCAUUUAACCAGAAUGAUGCAUUUUUAUACUAUCACGCCCCAUGUUCCCCCCACUCCCCCCCAUUAGUAGAACAGCUUCAACAUUAUCUUAGUCUGGUCUGAUUACUGCGAUUUGAUUUACCUGGGAGUAAGCCCCAUUAAAUAUGAAACUUACUUCUGAGUAGAUAUGUAUACAUUGUACUAUAAGUUAACUAUACAGUGAAUUUUUAAUGAGUGCCCAGGUGUGUAUUCAUGCGGGGAUGCUCUGGAACUCUGUCUCGUUACUUUUUUAGCAAGCAGCCCCCUCCCAGGGCCCUUCUGUCUCUACAGCCAGAGCCAAUCAGCUUGAUCGAUCUUCCCUCACUGCCACUGACAAAAGGGGAGGGAGAGGAGCUGCAGGUUAAAUAAGCCCAGCAGGCCCCCUCUCCUGAUGCACUCACUCGAGUGCUAUGCUGCUCAGCUCUCUGUGUGGUGGAAACUAACUGUGCUAGCUGGAAGGAAGGGGAGGCAGAAGCAGCUGCAUGCGCAUGCAGUGCAGACUCACAAAUUGGUGUUACACAGAGUAACCAUUAAUUAUUUUAAAAAAUUAAUAAAUAAUUCUCCUUUUGGCUAUUUGCAACUCCCCUGGGAUGACUUUGCAACCACCAGGUUGGGAACCACUGGCCUAUGCAAUAUCUUUUGCAGGGAUAACCCAUGACAUUUUGACCCCACACAGUGAGAAAAUCCAAAUGAACCAUCGUCACCUUUGUCAAGAAUAGCUAAGUUUGGUCAAGCUAAAAUCGCUCAACCAGAGAGAAUUCUGGGGGAUUUGUUGAAAGACCUCCGGGAUACUCUGUGUGGGCGAAACCCAAGUGUUUUAGUGCCAGACAGCUGCAAAUUGCUAAUGUCAAGAAGAUGCAGCUGAGCCUUAUCUGUUAUCCCUUAUCUGCUUCUUGAGAUCAAAGUCAGGAGUUUGGGUAUUGCAGAUCAGGGACCGCUUGGUGUGAACUGUCUAGCCCUCCUUAUCUCCAGAGAAGGUGAUCAUGGAAGGCUGGCUAAUCCUGGCUAAUUGGCCCCCUCCCUGUUGCCAGCUAAACCCCAUAAAAUGAAGGGUGAUCCUUCAGUUACUUGUUCCCCCAUUUCAUCUAUCUCGAUUUGUCUAUGGAUCUCAGUAAAAGCCUUCGGCUAUCAGACUAUAAAGUAUUAGCUAGGAUAGGUAAGCUUUGUUAUUUUCUUUGUCUGUUUGGAUCUCUCACAGUGUUAUGUAAAUGUAUCUCUUGCUCAGCCCAGUUGAGGGUAAUUGGCUUUCAAGCAAAGUAAUGCUGCUCUCUUUGUUACAUGUAGCUUUCUUUUCUUUUUAAA